AGUUUCUAGUUUCUACGAUCGUCGUUGGUCUGCUUCUUCUUCUUCUUCUUCUUCUUCUCUCAAGUGGGUCACUCACUCUAUACCCGUGAAAAAAACCCUAGGAGGCAAACAUGAUGAACCUCUCGAGAUCCGUCGCGUUGAUAUCCUUAUUCCUUCUUCCGCUGCUUAGCUUCUCCUUCUCCGUCGAUAAUCCGACGGAUCGGCGUGUUCUCGUUCUUCUCGACGAUUUAUCACUCAAAUCCUCUCACUCCAUCUUCUUCAGCACUCUCAAAUCCCGUGGAUUCGAUCUCGAUUUCAAAUUAGCAGAUGACUCGAAGCUCGCGCUUCAACGAUACGGCCAGUACUUGUACGACGGGCUCAUCAUCUUCGCCCCGUCCACAGAGCGAUUUGGAGGAGCCUUGGAUUCGAAAUCCAUAGCUGAUUUCGUUGAUUCGGGUCGUGACUUGAUCUUAUCGGCGGAUACUUCUGCUUCUGAUCUGAUUCGUGGAAUUGCUUUAGAAUGCGGUGUUGAUUUCGAUGAGGAUUCUUCGGCUAUGGUUAUUGAUCAUUCGAGCUUCUCCCUCUCUGACGGCGACCACACCUUGAUUGCUGCCGAUGAUUUAGUUAAGUCCGAUGUCAUUUUAGGAAAAACCAAGAUUGAGGCUCCCGUGCUCUUCAGAGGUGUUGCGCAUUCAUUGAACCCUACCAACAAUCUGGUUUUGAAAGUUCUUUCAGCUUCUCCAUCAGCUUAUUCUGCUAACCCGAGCUCGAAGUUGUCGAGUCCUCCCCAGCUCACUGGGUCUGCAAUUUCCCUAGUGUCGGUCAUGCAGGCCAGGAACAAUGCUAGGGUUGUGAUCUCUGGCUCUUUGCAGUUGUUUAGCGAUAGGUUGUUCAGAUCUGGUGUCCAGAAAGCUGGGAGUCCGAACAAAUAUGAAAAAUCUGGCAACGAACAGUUUGCGACUGAACUAAGCAAAUGGGUCUUUCAUGAAAGAGGCCACCUGAAGGCUGGUAGUCUGGUACACCACAGGGUUGGAGAAACAGAUGAGCCAGCAAUAUAUAGGAUAAAGGAUGACCUGGAAUUUUCUGUGGAGAUACUAGAGUGGUCAGGGAGGAGCUGGGAACCGUAUGUAGCUGAUGAUCUGCAGGUUCAGUUUUACAUGAUGAGCCCAUAUGUGUUGAAAACCUUGUCAACAGACAAGAAGGGUAUGUUUCAUACAUCUUUCAAGGUUCCUGAUGUGUAUGGUGUAUUCCAGUUUAAGGUUGAAUACGAAAAGCUAGGCUACACUACAUUAUCUCUUUCAAAGCAGAUUCCUGUGAGGCCUUACAGACAUAAUGAGUAUGAGAGAUUUAUUCCAACUGCGUAUCCUUAUUAUGGAGCCUGUUUUACCACUAUGGCUGGUUUCUUUGUCUUCAGCUUCGUCUACCUCUACCAUAAGUAGAAAACUCUCUCAAAUGGUUCUCGAGUCGCAUAAAGUAAUCUAGACCUUCAUAUUUAGACGAGAAAAAUACAUUUGAAUCUUGAUACCAUUAGUUUUUUUUUGCCAACGAGCUUUAAAACACUUGCAACUUUUUUUUCUUGGGUUCCCCAGAUAUUUUAUGUGAACGUAAGCUUGCACCUU